CAUAUUGUAAUUCAUAAAUGAAUACUAAUCAUUCCUUAAAAAUGCCCCAAGAUUAAUUAUUAGGAAAAGUUGUUUGUAAAAAUUACUUAAUAGUUUCUAAAAUUAAUGAAGGCUCUUUUGGUAAAGUUUAUAAGGCUAUCCAUCAAAUUAAAUAAGAUUAUUAUGCUGUUAAAGUUGAAGCUUAAGAACAUAGAUUAAAAAAGGGAGAGACCUUAAGAUUAGAAGCUGAAAUACUUAAAAAAUUGAAUGGAGAAAAAGGAAUUCCUAGAUUAUAUUAUUACAUAGAAGAUUAAACUUAAAGAGUACUUGUGGAAACCUUAUUAGGUAUUGUAUUCUUGAUCAAUAAUUUAAGGAAAGAACCUUGAUGAGUUAUAUAGUUUAUGUAACCAUAAAUUUAGUUUAAAAACUGUGCUUCUCUUUAUGGAAUAAGCAAUUAGUCGAUUAGAAUAUCUCCAUUCUUAAGGGGUAAAUAAUUAAGUGAGAUAAAGUAUUCUAGUAUAUUCACAGAGACAUUAAGCCAGAGAAUUUCAUGAUAGGAAUUCCACCAAAUGAAAAUCUAAUUUAUUUAAUUGAUUUCGGACUCAACGCUCCUAUUUAUGAUUCUCAAAAAAGACUAUUACCAAAAUUAAAAGGAUAGCCAUUAGUAGGAACUGCUCGUUUUACACCAAUUUGUUCUCAUUAAGGAUAUAGCUAAAGCAGAGCAAGUGAUUUGGAAUCUUUAGGUUAUUUAGCAAUAUUCUUUCUUAAAGGUUCCUUACCUUGGAUGAAGGUUGAAGCAUAAACUAAAGAAGAACGUUUCUAUUUAAUUGGAUAAAAGAAAAUGAGAGAAACACCUAUGUCUUUGUGGUAAUAUUAAUCUAAAUAGUUUUAGUUAUGGAUUACCUCGUGAAUUUGAAGCAUAUUUUAAUUAUAUAUUUAAUGUCUCUUAUGACACAGAACCAUCCUAUAAUUAUUUAAGAAAAUUACUCAAAGGAUUAAUGCAUAAAAUGUAAUAUAAUGAUACUGUUUUUGAUUGGUAGGAAAUUAUUAAAAAAGAAGAAGAAAGCAAAAAGAAUUCAAAUAAAAAAAUGAAAUUAAAUGCUUAAACUUAAUAAUUCAAACCUAUUGAAUCUGAAGAUGAUGAAUAAGAUAGUCCAAAAGUUGCUAUGAUGUAAUCUAAAGAUUCUAAAAAAAGUUCUUCUAAUUUUCUUAAAAGAAGUAUUACUGAUCAAUUGAAUUUCUCAAAAUAAUAAAGUAUUAAUCAACGUAAUAAUAUUGAACUUUUGAUCUCAUAAAAUGAAUUACUUAAUCUUAGAUUAAAAUAAAAAUUAUUAUCAAACAAUAUUCAAAAUAAUAAUAUUCAAGAAGAACCUGAAAAUUAUGGUUUUGGUGUUAUGAAUGAAUAUUAUCCAUAUCCUACCAUGUAACAAUAAAUGGAUUAGUUGAUGACUAUUAUUACUAAAUUUAUAAUUAAUUAAUGA